CCUGAACUUGAUUUGCUUUAGGCAGCCCAACAUGUAUUUACUUAUUUAUAAGUCCUUCCCUCCGUAUGUUAAACUCCAUUCUCUUUCUCGUUCUCUCCCUCUCUAACACAAUUUAUUUCAGAGAAUCAAAAGAUCUUUUAAGCUGAAUUUAGUAGAAUUUAUGGAUAACCAAAUCAGUGCUCUUCUUGGCUGGCCUUACUACUACUCUCAUGGAAAGACUACAGAAGAAUUAAGACACUCUCAUCUGUGCACAACACUAGAGCUAGAACAAACAAAAAUGUUUGCUCGUGAGGAAAUAAGAAAGAGAGAUGAACAACUCGUCAAUCUUAAAGACAUAUUAACCAAAACCAUUACAGAAAGAGACGAAGCCCUCGAGAAAUGUCAGCGCCUCAUGUUCGAUAACCUCUCGCGUCAACAACAGAAGCAUAUGACUCCUCCUUUAUCCGGAGCCUCAAGCAUUGAUGAUGAAACAUUGCAGCCUCAAAAACUAGCAUCAAACAAGAGCUUCUCCUCCUCGGACUGCGAAGAGAGCCUCAUGUCACCCACUGAUCACGUCAUAAACCGACAACCAUCUCAGCCUGAAGAAGUCUCAGAUGCUGAGAUUAUGGAUCCACUGCUUCCUGACAAGCCACUGCCUGAGAAGGGUAAACUUCUAGAAGCUGUUUUAAAGGCAGGGCCUCUGCUUCAGACACUGCUCUUAGCUGGUCCAUUACCUCAAUGGCGAUAUCCGCCACCGCCUCUCAAGACUUUCGAGAUCCCUCCAGUCACCGUCCAGUGCCCUAACGUCAACAAUGGGUGUGGAAAAUUCAACAGGAAGAGAGUAUUCUCAGAUGGGUCACAUUCAGAGGCUAAGUAUCAGAAAGUUCUUCUCCACUGACCAACGAUCAACACAACUCUGGCUACUGAUUUUUACUCUUAAAGUUGUAGUACUAAUAGUCAUCUGAUAUACCAUUUACUUAGGUCAGUUUCAAGAUUAACUCCCACUUAGGUUUCAAGUGGGAGUGAUCUUUUGUACAUUAAGGCUUUUGGUUAUGCGCCAUUGUGGAGACAGAGUCAGAUCCAUUUAGGGUUUAGAUUUAAACUAUUGAAGAAAAAGAAAAAAAAACUCCCCUGGUUUGACCUCCAAGUCAAUGGAGAGUUAAUGCUAUGUGUGAGAGUUUGCUAUCUUGUUUAUUUCUCUAGGGAUGCUUGCUGUGUUUUUUUCUUUUUGAGGGUUUUAUAUCUCAAAUCCGUUUUCACACUCAUGUGCUUGGCUCCAUGAUGUGUUAAAUUACGGUUUCUUUUCUUGUUUUUCUUAUGCUGAGGGUUUUUCCCACUCAUAUUAUGUUAAUCUCUGAAGCUCAAGACUUUAUAGCUUCAUAAUGUAAUUUGUUUUUGUCUGCGCGCAGUAACUGAAAUUUAGUAAUUAAAGAGGUUGCUUAUUA